UCCCCUCAAUGCGGAAGAGGUCGUCAUCGUAAAAACCUGUGAGUUGGAAUCUCUGUGCAAUGUGAUAAAACAAUAGCAAUUUGUGAGUAGAACGGCUCGUGUUUCAAUAUUUUGAAUGAACGAAGUGGUUUCCUUUAGGAGUGAGUGUUUUCUGGACGACGAGACGCUUGAUCGUCUGAAACCUGAAAAUGUCGUGGAUUAAAGAAGGUGAAUUAAGCCUGCUUGAAAAGUUUUCUGCCAACGUCCUAAAGGCAGGACCCAUGCCUAAACAUGUGGCCUUCAUCAUGGACGGUAAUCGACGCUUUGCUGUUAAGAAACAAAUGGAACGUCAGGAAGGACACAUGCAGGGCUUCAACAAGCUGGCAGAGACGUUGCGUUGGUGCAAGCAUCUGGACAUCCCGGAGGUGACGGUGUACGCCUUCAGCAUUGAAAACUUUAAGCGGCCCAAAGAUGAAGUGGAUGGGCUAAUGGAGCUGGCCAGGCAGAAAUUUGAGAAGCUGUUGGAGGAACGGGAAAAUCUGGAAAAACAUGGUGUUUGUAUCCGGGUGCUGGGUGACUUGAAUAUGCUGCCACUUGAUCUUCAGCAACUUAUCGCCAAAGCUGUGCUCACAACCAGUUCUCACAAUAAAUGUUUUCUCAAUGUGUGCUUUGCCUACACGUCACGAUAUGAAAUCACCAAUGCAGUCAGGGAAAUGGCUUGGGGUGUGGAGCAGGGCCUCAUCAAAGCAAGUGAUGUUUCUGAGGCGUUGUUAAGUGAGUGUUUAUACACCAGUAACUCUCCCGAUCCAGAUUUGCUCAUCCGCACAUCUGGAGAGGUGCGCCUCAGCGAUUUUCUUCUAUGGCAGACGUCCUACUCGUGUCUAGUGUUUCAGUCAGUUCUGUGGCCAGAGUACUCAUUCUGGAACCUGUGUGAAGCCAUCCUCCAGUACCAAAUAAAUCACAAAUCCAUCCAGAAAGCCAGAGACCUCCACCAAGAGCAACAGGCCCUCCACCAGCUAGAGGCAGAUCGCGUCUGUGUAGCAGAGCUCUUGCAGCAUCAUGGGAACGGAAAGCCUGCCGACGACCAGAAAAGACAAGAGGCACUUCAGCACUACGCCGCCUGCCGAGAGGAGCGGAUUCAGAACUUCCUAGAAGCACUGAAGCACAAGAGAGACUCUUACUUUGAUGACUUGAGCAAUGACGCCAUCUUGGCCGAGGAAGGCUCGGAAAAAUGAAUCCUCUGAAGUGGGGAUGAAACCUCUCGUGUCCUCUUCUCAAAAAGGGCUUCUGUUGAACAGGGAAGAGCAAGCAGUGACUGGGAACAGAUUCAUUUUGUUGCUGAUUUUGUUCAAGAAUAGAAGGCAAUUUUACCCCUAUGGGGCUGUAGAGUAAUUGUGAUAUUUAUGAUUGUAGAUAUAAAGAAGUCUAAUAUGUGGAAACAUCUGGUCAAAAUGUAGUUUAAGACUUGUUUAAAGCUGUCUUAUUAAAUGCUUGCCACUGAUAGAAAGGCAAAGGUAUGUGAGCAAAAGCCAUGGAUGCUAUGUUGUGGAAAUGCCACUGAACUCAGUGCAGUUUGAAUUUAUGUGGUGGUACAAAGAACGUGGUAUUAGUUGAGUGUGAUACUGAUGAUAUAACUAUAUUUUGACCAGCUUUCUUAACAGAAUAAAAUGAUUACUGUAUGUCAGAUAUGAUUUAAA